UAAAAAGUUUGAGGAGCCCUGCUCCAGGCACAUGAUAAAACAGCUAUGGAAGUUUGUUGAUGGCCUGGGGUUGAGGGACUAACUUACUGUCAGUGGGCUCUCUGGGAGUGUUUGGUAAAGCUGGGUUUAUAAACUUUAGCAGUUUAAUUUACUAUAGACCAGGCCCUAUCAAGUGGGUUGAAUCUUUCUUCUAAUUAAUUUUUCCAAAUUUUUUUUUUCUAAAAAGCACAAUUUCACAAGAUGCAGUAUAGAAGAAGGCUUCUGUGGUCAGAUAAAGUUUGGGAAGUGGUAUAUGCUCUUUCCUCCUUUUCCUACUGAGUCACGUAGCUCCGUGAAGUGCCACCGUCAGGGGACUUAAGUAUCUUGGCUUCACUUAGCAUCACUUAAAUGGUUUGACCAGGUUUGGCCUGAUACUUGUUAACAGCUCACAAAUCACUCCAGUGUUCUGUAAAGUGUACUUAAAGCACACUUGAUUAGUCUAUAAAUAGAACUACUGAAACAAUCAAACCACCUAAAAAGCUCUAUGGUUUUCUAUAGAAAAAAGUCCAUAUUUUUAGGAUAUUGAAGGAUUUAGGGAUGAAGUAACAUUAUGUCUGUAACUUAAGUACAAAUGCUUCAGCUAAAAAAAGUGUAUAUGUGCAGUAUAUUUGUAUAUAGAUAUAGUCACACACACAUUGACACACACAGAGGGCACACCCAAAUGCAGCAAAAUGUUCACAAGUGAUCACUUACACUGAUGGGUAUGAUUUGGGCAAUUUUUGAAAUAUUUCUCUAGGUUUUAAAACUUACUAGCUAAAAGGAGAGAAAUUUUAUAAACACAAACAUAAGCUGCUUUGAGUAUUUUGGAUGAAGAAGGGGCUGCCAUGUACAGGAGCCAAUUGGGAGAAAAUAAGGAUUUUAAGAUCCAAAAGGAAGUGAAAGGGGGAGAUUCAUGUUAUUGACUAGGGACAGCUAUAAACCUAGAGAAAGGUUUUUCAGGUCAUUCUUAGAACUGUGUUGCCAUUUCUUUAGGAGUUAUGAGUCCAUAUUCAAGAGUUCCUGCCUUAGCCCCUUUAUCCAGGCCAAUGGGAACACUGCCCAGAAGACUGUCAGGGUAGUAUUUGUUCUCAUUCCUGUCCAGCCCUCAGCAUGACGCGGAGAAACUUGCCAACUUUUAAUUGUGUUAUGCAGCCAAAUAGGUAGGAAGCCAUUCUGAAAAGGGGCUCUCAAGAUUUACCUGAAGCUGCUUGACCAAGUGGAGCCAAUAGCUUGAAAUGUGCUGCAGCCAGGACUGGCCUGACCUUGAUCUUCCUUAGAAUGGCUAUUAAUCCCCAACUUGCAGCUGGCUCAGAGAAGCAAUGUGUAAUAGAUUGCAUGUCAUCUGGUAUGCUUCUAGGGCACAGACAUUGGCAUGCAGCAUUUUCUGAAUAACUUCUCAAGGACUUCAGUGAAGGUUGUAGCAUUCAGAGCAGGUAGACCAGUCUACAACAGCUUUUAUGUUUACUGCAAAAGCCCCUGUCAAAGAGUACAGCCAGGAAAACUCAGGGUACAGUGCAGCAUCUGCAAACAAGCAACACUUACCUUGGCCCAGGGUCCAUCUUGCUGGGAAGAUGUCCUAAUUCCAAACCGGAUGAGUGGCGAAUGCCAGUCUCCAAACUGCCCUGGGACUAGAGCAGAAUUUUUCUUUAAAUGUGGAGCACACCCAACCUCCAACAAGGAAACGUCGGUAGCUUUGAACUUGAUCACAAUGAACAGUCGAGACAUCACUUGCAUAACGUGCACAGAUGUCAGGAGCCCUGUCCUGGUUUUCCAGUGCAACUAUCGCCACGUGAUCUGCUUAGACUGCUUCCACUUAUACUGUGUGACAAGACUCAAUGAUCGGCAGUUUGUCCACGACUCCCAGCUUGGCUACACCCUGCCGUGUGUAGGAGCAGCACUCAAUCAAGUGAGUUCAUUAUAAGGAGCGACUGGUACGUGGACAAGGACCAGAGAAAGAGCUGUAGGACAAAAUUGAUGGUGUUCCAGGGCCCAUUCUAGCUGGAUCAACAAGGCACUGUCUGUUCCGUAGUCUGUUUGGCCUUGGAUGUGCUGCCUUUAUAGAAUCCUGCUUGAGAGAGGACAACGGGACUUUAUGUUUGUUUGAUGCGUACGUGUGUCGUCAGUGAACUACAGGUGGAGCGAGCCUCUGCGCCUAUUAGAAAUGGCACCAGCAGCAUUGCUCCCUCAUCUUCAGGGGGAGCCUCGUGUCCAAGUAAACAUCGCCCCCGGUUCUUUCUUUGCUUGAAUUUCUACUUGCCAACCUGCCUUUUUUCUUCUUUUCCUGCACCUUAUUAAAUGGUUAAAAAUAAAAUUUUUAUUUUGUAGAAAACAGAAGGUGGGAAUGUUCUGAAUAGCUAGCAGAGAAAGCAAAAAUAAUUUCUUUCCACCCCUUUCUUCUCCAAACUCUUGAAAAGAGAGCAUUCUACCUUUGUUUUAUAAGGGCAAAAGCAAACCAUUUUUAGAGUAUAAAUUUAUUAUUUUACUUAUCCAAGGAGACCUAGAAAGAUGCCUGCAAGUGCUCAAGAUAGCUACAAGAGUUGUUCAGAACAGCUACCUUCAGGUUCUCUUCGUAUAUAUCUAUGACUCCUCUUCCCCUGUCUUAUUAGCAGUCAGCACAACUUUUGAAUCUGUUCGGUCCGAAUUAUCUGUACAGUGGGUGCUCUCCUGGGGCUGGAGGAAUUAUAUUAAUAAAAGUCAUCAAUAGAAUACUAAUUGACCUUUAAGUAUAUCAUUUUAAAUGAUUGGAUGCAUUCUGAAAUUGAUUGUGAGCCCUAUCAUGCAUGCACAACAGUGUUUGAAACACAUUUAUAUGGGUGAUAGAUUUGUACAGUUAUAAAAAGCCUCUGUAACCACCACCCAGAUCAAGAGCAGGAGCAUGGCCAGCAUCCCAGGAGCCCUCUAUGUGACCUCCCUAUCACGCCCUGCUCCUGCCACCUAGGUAUGGCUAGGUAUGACUACUGUUCUGACCUUAGUGACAGUCAUUCCUUACUUUUCUUUACCAUAUCACCACCUAUGUUUACAUCCCUAAAUAAUAUAGGUAUCUGCCUGCUUUUAACUUUCAAAUUGAUGCCGGAAGAUUUUGCCAAAUAUACCACUCCAGAACUGUCUAAAUUCCAGUAAUAGCCCUCGUCAUGAAACUCUGAAUACAUGUGCAAGUUAUUCCAACAUCUGAGGUUUUCAUUCUCAUUUUGGUUUUA